CUGUGUGGUGUGAAGAUAUGGAUCAUGAGCAGAGGCAGGGAGCUGCACUGCUAAGGCUGUUCCACCUCCUGUGGCUGCUGCCCCACUCCUGGAGUGCCCCUGAAGCUCUUACUCCAGUGUGGCGGGAUGAUCUGCAAAACCACACAUUCCUGCACACGAUGUACUGCCAGGACUGGAGUCCCAACUUCGGACUCUCUGAAAGCUAUGAUGGAGACCAGCUUUUCUCCUUCGACUUUUCCCAGAAUACCCGAGUGCCUCGCCUGCCUGAAUUUGCUGACUGGGCUCAGAAGCUUGGAGAUACUUCUGCCAUUUUCUUUGACAAAACAUUCUGCCAGGCUAUGAUCCAGGAAAUAGGACCAAAACUUGAAGGGCAAAUCCCUGUGUCUAGAGGGUUUCCUAUUGUUGAGAUGUUCACGCUGAAGCCCCUGGAGUUUGGCAAGCCCAACACGCUGGUCUGUUUUGUCAGUAAUCUCUUCCCACCCACGUUGACGGUGAACUGGCAGCAUCAUUUGGACCCUGUGGAAGGAGUCAGGCCCACUUUUGUGUCAGCUGUAGAUGGAUUCACCUUCCAGGCCAUUUCUUACUUAAACUUCACACCAGCACCCUCUGACCUUUACACCUGCAUGGUAACUCAUGAGAUUGACAGCUAUACCGCAAUUGGCUUUUGGGUGCCCCAUAAUGCACUGCCCUCUGAUCUUCUGGAGAAUGUGCUGUGUGGUGUGGCCUUUGGCCUGGGUGUACUGGGUAUCAUUGUUGGCUUAUCCCUCAUCGUCUACUUCCGAAAGCCUUGCUCAGGUGAUUGAUUCUUCCUGACCACAGUCUGGUGCCAACAGCUUCGACCGUGCAUGCAGGGGGAGCUCAGGUUUCCCACAUCCUGCCCAGGAUCCCUCAUCCUCAGAGCAGGAGUCCCUGGGAUGCCCCUGGGGGAUGUGUGGGCAUGUACAGGUUUCUCAGCUGGGGGCUCUGCUGUCACCCAGAGUAGCUUUCCUGUCACGACCACAUUCCUUCCCACUUCAGGGCAAUAAAUCUCAUUUUUUAAUAUUGA